AUGAAUCAGUCACCACCUAACGAUGGUACGACCACAUCGGGUCCGGAACCAACCCCAGGACCUAAUGCAGGGGACGGAUCCACAAACUCUAUAACGCUACAUACAACCGUAUUUCAUGGCUCCCCCCUCGAAGGUCUGUCUGUAGAAAGCUCAGAUACCAAAAUGAAGGAAGAUGCAAAAACCAGCACCACGACAGCUUUAAUCAACAAGACGGAUGUUUCCUCCAGUAUGGUCAACAUCAAGCCAAAUCCCAAUGUAGAUAUAGAAAUUGCAUGGUUUCAAGUUAUCACGGCUAUACGAAGAGUUUCGUCCCUCAAGCAAAUUUCAGGGCGAGAAUUCAUAAUCUUGAAUGGCUGGGGCUUUCUGCUUCUCGUGUUGUUCAAUGGUGCACUAUUCGCUGCAUUGGCGGCUGUUUCGAUCCGAUACACAAAAGGAUUCGCGCCAGCAAGUGAUCAACGACUCGCAUUGGCAUGUUUAGUCACGCAAACCUCUUAUGGUAUCGCUUGUGGGACUGAGUACUGCUGGUUCUAUAAUGUUUCUGGGCGCGCAAGGGUGUCGGCAAAGGCUGAUCUACCUACUAUUCGAAGUGAAGAUGAAGCAAUCGCGUAA